GAUUCAUAAUGUGUCAGUGCGAUGCGUUUAGCACGAGUCGCAGGUGCGCAGACACGAGCGAAGCGAGUGCAUACUGCGCACCAGAGACGAAUAUUGCAAUAUGGCGAAACGUUGCGAUAAACAAAAAGUAUUAAUUUAUUUGCCCGCUCCAAUAAUUAUCCUCUGAAAAAUCGUAAUAUUUAUAAAUGAGGAGCUGAUAUAACAACAUAAUACGAAUUUAUCCUUACAACGUAAAAUGAUAAUUUUGAUUUCAACCAUUAAAUGAUUCAUUAAUCGACUUUGUUUUAUCUUAUCUAUAUCAUUUGUAACGACUUCCUUAUAUUUGUUAUUUUUUUUUUCUACGCAGUAACCUUUUAAUGGAUUUAAUCGCUUCCGGUAAAUUUCAUCAUAUUUAUCAUUUAAGCUCCUAUAAAUUUAUCAUUUAGUAACGCCUGCGUUACAGUUUAGUCUAAAGAAAUUCACAAUCGUGACAAUGCAGCUAAAAACAUUUUUUCUGAUCGCCGGAUUCUUGAUUUCAAAAUGCAAUUCGAAAGCUGUCGAAAGACAUUUGACAGAAUCGACAAGUAUUCCUUUUCGUUGGCGUUUGGAAAUGCUCGAAUUGAGUGAUUACAUUAAUUAUGAAGACAACCAUCGUUUCAUUUCUGAUAUGAGCUUAAUAGGAAGUUGGGAACUGAGCCCUCUUAAUGAUUAUGUAAUUCAUGAUGAUUUAACUAUAAAUGUAAAAAUUCCUGAAAACUGGGAAGCUAUUGAUAUAACUUCGAAAGUAAUUUCGAGAAAUAACCAAACGGCUGUAGAAUUUCAAAUCAAGAAACCGCGAGGUGAAUUUACCAUUUUCAGUUACCCUGAAGGGAGUGAUGGAUCUGUUGUUAAAUCAUUCGAAAUCGAUGAUAAGAUACCAAUAGUAUUCCGUAUCUUCGAGGGAAGAAUGUUCAUUGAGUUUUCAAUUCGUCAGAUAUAA